AAAACUCGCUUUAAAGCCACAGCUCUUCCUCCGGUCUGUGUUCCUCGUCGUCUCUUUCGAUCAAUCUCCAAGGCGGCUCUUCUUAGUCUCUUCGUUUCUUUCUACAAGGUUUGUUUCCCAGUGAAUCAGAAUGGGUAAGGAAAAGGUUCACAUUAACAUCGUGGUCAUCGGCCACGUCGACUCUGGUAAGUCGACCACCACCGGUCACUUGAUCUACAAGCUCGGUGGUAUCGACAAGCGUGUGAUCGAGAGGUUCGAGAAGGAAGCUGCUGAGAUGAACAAGAGGUCGUUCAAGUAUGCUUGGGUGCUUGACAAGCUCAAGGCCGAGCGUGAGCGUGGUAUUACCAUCGAUAUCGCCUUGUGGAAGUUCGAGACCACCAAGUACUACUGCACUGUGAUCGAUGCUCCUGGACAUCGUGACUUUAUCAAGAACAUGAUCACUGGUACCUCACAGGCUGAUUGUGCUGUCUUGAUUAUUGAUUCCACCACUGGUGGUUUCGAGGCUGGUACUAAGGACGGUCAGACUCGUGAGCACGCUUUGCUUGCCUUUACCCUUGGUGUCAAGCAAAUGAUAUGCUGCUGCAACAAGAUGGAUGCCACUACCCCUAAGUACUCCAAGGCUAGGUAUGAUGAAAUUGUGAAGGAAGUCUCUUCUUACUUGAAGAAGGUGGGUUACAACCCAGAUAAAAUUCCAUUUGUUCCCAUUUCUGGUUUCGAGGGUGACAACAUGAUUGAGAGGUCUACCAACCUUGACUGGUACAAGGGCCCUACUCUUCUUGACGCUCUUGAUCAGAUCAAUGAGCCCAAGAGGCCCUCCGACAAGCCCCUCCGUCUCCCACUUCAGGAUGUGUACAAGAUCGGUGGUAUUGGAACUGUCCCAGGUCGUGUUGAGACUGGUAUGUUGAAGCCUGGUAUGGUUGUGACCUUUGGUCCUUCUGGUCUGACCACUGAAGUUAAGUCUGUUGAGAUGCACCACGAAGCUCUCCAGGAGGCUCUCCCUGGUGACAAUGUAGGGUUCAAUGUGAAGAAUGUUGCUGUUAAGGAUCUCAAGCGUGGUUUCGUUGCUUCUAACUCCAAGGAUGAUCCUGCCAAGGAAGCUGCCAGCUUCACCUCUCAGGUCAUCAUCAUGAACCACCCCGGCCAGAUUGGUAAUGGUUAUGCCCCGGUCCUGGACUGUCACACCUCCCACAUUGCUGUCAAGUUUGCUGAGUUGCUGACCAAGAUUGACAGGCGAUCUGGCAAGGAGCUUGAGAAGGAACCCAUCUUGAAGAAUGGUGAUGCCGGUAUGGUGAAGAGUCCAACCAAGCCCAUGGUUGUGGAGACUUUCUCUGAGUAUCCGCCUCUGGGACGUUUUGCUGUGAGGGACAUGCGGCAGACUGUGGCUGUUGGUGAUAAGAAUGUUGAGAAGAAGGAUCCAACAGGUGCCAAGGUCACCAAGUCCGCAGCUAAGAAGGGUGGAAAGUGAACAAUGCAGCAGCUAUAUUCUCUUGCCGAUUGGGCGCAAGGAGUGUUCUAUCCUGGUUAUAGUUUAAAGAAACUGGUUAAUCUCAGUCUUUCAAAAGUUUUGCAUGUCGUUAUAUGUAUUUUCUUGCCUUUGAAUUUGAGUAGCAAUUUUCAGAAUUGGGUACUCGAUAGGCGGUGGCAUUCUUAGCUUUUUCGUUUUGCCUGUUUUGUGGAGGAUUAAAAAUUGAGAUGCUUUGGUUUGCGGAACUAUAAUUAAUAUUUUGUUCUCUUUCUAUGCCUGUUCGUGCCUGACGUUCUUGUUCUGUUUAGGGUUCUUUGAAUCUCUGUUGAACUAUCAUUUUGUACGCUGAUUUGGUUCUUCUGUCCGAAUCUAAUAAAAUAUGCAUUACAUU